CGCAGGUGGAUGGGAGAGUCCUGAGAAGCCCCUCCAGAUCGGAUCAAGACCAGGAUGGAGAAGACCAUAGAGGGGCUGCAAGAACAAAUGAUGGCUAGAUCUAUCCCUUGUGAUGCUGAACUUCAACAACUCAUGCACCAGAUCGACAUAAUGGUAAACAAGAAGAAACUGGAAUGGGAAAAGAAAAUGCAGGGAUUGGAAGCAAGAAUGACUAUCCGGAAUGAAGAGUUAGCAAGUGCCCAGAGCAAAUUAGAUCAGAAAGGCCAAGAGGUGGGCUUACUCAGACAGAAGCUGGACAGCUUACAAAAGUCGAAAUAUGAGAUGGCUCAAAAUUACGAUGCCCAGCUCCAAGCCUUGAAAAUCCAAUUUGCUAAGCUGACACAAAGCUAUGAAAAGUUACAGUUGCACCAAUUAAAACAAAACAAAACUCACAGCGUGGAGAAAUGCACGGAAAACCAAGAAGCCCCUUUCCCGAUGAACAGCUUGAACCAGAAGUUGGAGCAACAAGCUCAAAAUUGUAAAAUCCAAAUACACUGUCAAAAGCUGAAGCAAAAUGAUGGGGAUCCUUGCAGCCAGUACAGAAACGAGCAGCUUGGGCUCCAGAACGGUGCUUUUACCGAGCCCGCUGAUAGGAACAAAUUCUUUAUGGAAAAACUUGAAUCAACCGUGAGUGAAAUCGCAGUGAGCAGAAACAAACUACAAGAGGAAAACUUAAAGCUCCAACAGGAAGUAAAAAUGUACCAAAGGAAAUGCCAGAACACUGAAGUCAGGCUCCUGGAAGUGAGGAAUGAACUGCAGUCUCGGGAAGACCUCCUAAAUAUGGUGGAACUGGAAUGCCAGCAGUUGCGAAAGGAAGUGGCCAAAAUCGAAGAAUAUAAAAACAAAGAAGAAAAUCAAGUGAAGCUCCAGUCAGCUUAUGCACAAUGCAUCAAGGAUCUGGAAAUAAAGAAAACUCAGAUACUUAUUCUGGAAAGGCAGCAGGACAAUCUACAAAAAGAGCUAAAUGAGAUAAGCGUCCAGCUUUCUCGGGAAGCGCAAGCCCAUCGCUCCGAGGUGGAGAGACUGAGGAUGGAAAACUCUAGCUUGACAGAGGAGCUUCAUCAGAAGGAAAUUACUAUAGCAACUAUUGUGGAAAAUGCCGCUGUGCUGGAAAAGCAGGUACAAACAGAGCUAGAGAUAAAAGAGAAAAUAUUAGCAAAACAGGUGCAGCUGAAGGAGCUGGUCUUUACUGGCCUGUGCAGAAUUCAAUCCAGUCUGCAAUAUAUGAACAUUUGGGAUGCUGCCAAACGCAUGUUCCUGACUGGCAUGGCCUGCGGGAUAGGAUUACUUUUGAAAGCAAUGGCCCUUCGCUUCCUGAAAGUUCGAGCCGAGAGCGUGAACCCGUAG